AUCUGCUGCAUCGCUCUGCUCCUUGCGCUUCGCUCUAUUGCCCCUUCAAUGCUGUAGUUCGCCUCUUGUUCGUUGUCUGUUUUGGCUGUCUCUGGUAUGCUUCUCUCGCAAACCUAUAUGCGACGCUCCCUCUGAUCGCCACUCCACCUUACCUGGCAUUGUUUACUCGUCAAUCCCCCCCGGGCGGCGAUGGCAUCAGACCCCCGUUCGAUGUGCUGACUUCUCCGCACCCAAGUUUCAUGCGCUAUGAUGGGUUUUGCUCUGGGGUGCUGCUGUCUCUCUAGAUAAUAUUUCUGGAAAUGCAUUCGCUUUCGGUGGAACUCGUAUCUCUGGCGACAUACAGGACGAGCCAGAAUCUCCCCCGGGACAACCGUCGAUAAAUCAUGGAAUUUCCCGGAGGGUCCAUUACCAAUAUUCGCGCCAUAGACGGGUUCUCCAGUAUAUACUGGAGAAUAUAUACAGAAGAGCCGAAUAUCGCCAGUAUACCGGGCGAGACUCCCGCCAACGGCUACACGAUCCUCAGGCAUCUCAGUCGCCUCAAAGACCUGGAACUGCGCCUUCGGAAUGCGAAUUGUCUUGUCUCGAGCUACCCUCGUCGGCUGGGUCUAUGGGUCUUCUCGGCGACUCCCGAUUUCGAGAGCUUGGACCCAUUAUGUCCCAACCAGGGUCAGGAGGAGCGCAGUCGGCUGGCCGUAGAUUCGUUUACAUUGAAAGCCUCCGGGUCGGGGAGUACUACGGCCGCCGAUCUAAUCAAGAACCUAUCUACCGAGCCUCAAACGCCAGGUCAGAAUGCGUCUGCGUCGCAAAGACCCACAAACGGGCCUCCGCCCGCGAGGCGGAUGGAUGGUUAUGCAAGUCCGGGUGCGAUCUACGCCGCAUUCAUUUCAGCGGUGACCGGUGCCCUCAGCCUGCAAUUAAUCCGGCGCGACCAUGCCAUCCCUUUGGGGUCACGGACACUUUUCACCGCCAUCGAGGGCGACGAUGAUGAGAGUCCCAGGAUCGCCAAUGACGAUCCAGCGUCUAUACCAACAUUGACAACCCUCCACGUUCAGCUCACCUCUGUCGGCAAACUGAUGAUAUCUUUGCAAACGGUGGCCCAGGAUGGCAUCACGCGACUUAGUCAACCCGACUCGGCACUCGAGGACAUAGUGGACGCCCCUCGUGGAACUGAUCUCUGGUUAUCCCCCAGCGGAUCGGUUGCCCGACUGGUGUCCGCUAACCCGGACCCAGCUACCGCGCCGUCGCCCUAUGUGACCGCUGAUGCCGCCGGGAAUGACCGCUCAAGAAGUGUACACCACAAGCAAUGGAAACUAGCAGUGUUUGACUGGCUCAAGUGCUUUGGAUUGCCCGUAAGGCCCAUCAACGAAAUGGCGUGGGUGGAAAUUGAGGUUUGGGAGCCAUUUUACUCUAGGUUGGCUGGCGAGACGUGGCGGCUGGGCGAGGAUAACACACCCACGCUUCCCCUGAAGCGCAUCCUCUGGCCGGCCAUCUAUUGCUUUAGGAGGUCAAGAGCAGCUUUGUCAGCCCUGGUCAAUCCUCUCUGCAGUAGCCCUUCUCUUCACAAUGAUCCCUUGGGGUUUGCAGAGAUGUGGCGCACGGUAGAAAUCCCCAAACCCGUCGAAAGGGACCCUAUGCCCUUGUCCAGCCAUCAAGAUCAACCUCCAAAGGCAGAAACUGAUCCCGGCGAACUUGAUUUUCCCGAAGGAAUAGAGAGUCUCUCCCGUGCCUCCCAAUAUCCGGAGUUACAGACGGCAAGUCUCGUGUAUCCCACGCCGCCGGACGGAGCUGCUUCCCUGGGUGUAAACCCUACAAAUGCCACAGAUCUCUUUGUCGAAGAUUCUAGUUUCGGCUCACUCCCAAACCAGACCAAAGUAGGGUCUCUAGCACAAAUGCCCACUGGAGAUUCCGAUGUUCCGAUGGUCUUUGGCCCCGCGGCUGGGCUUGUAGUCGGAUCCGGUCUGUACGACACAAAUGAAGACGAUCUUUUCGGCGAUUUGGAUGAGCAGGAUUUUGGGGAUAAAGGGAUCACCGAUGCUGAUUUCAACUUUUUCGACGAUGCUGACUUCCAGGGUUUGGGCGACGGCCCACCGAGCCAUGGCACCGACGAGAUGACCGAUCUUCUCGGUGCUGAGCCAGAUCUGUCGCCCACGGUUUCUAUGCAGCCACCAGUUGAAAGCGAACAACCCUCGGAUCGACAAGCCCCGGCCGAACCUAUCGAAACGCCCCAGUGCAGCGGCACAGACCAACAAGUAAAGCCUGAAGAAGAGGAGAUCGGUCCGCGUGACAACACAACACCCCCCUCGUCGCAAAAUGACAACAACCAAACAAUAAGCCCUCCCCUGAGCCCUGUGGAAGUCAAAAAGAUCAUCCUUCCCGCCCCGGAUGGAAACGGCCGGCUUCCCGUACCAAAGGGGCAGAAGAGCUACUAUAAGCCCGUGGCAUUCAAACAAGACAUGUCCAACUGGGACCAAAAAUAUGGUGCGGCUGGGAAGUUUUGGUUCAAGAACGCGCCAUCCGGCGCCGAUAAGUCCACCAAUACUGAUGGUGACAUCCCAACCAUCGGUCUUCCGCGCCAUACGCGGAAUAGUGUGGUUUCCAGAGACGUUGCAAAGACGAUGGACGGGCAUGGAAGUCCCUCGACUGAGAUGGCUCAAGACGAUCAAAGCAGCGUUACAAGCGAAGGGAGUGAUGAGAGUGUCUCCGACAGCGAGUCAUCCCACGCCGACCUCCCCACGCUAAAGAGAAAGCGCGUCCGUUCCAACUCCCCUAGCACAACGGCCAUGUCGCAUGGAAUAGCUCCGGUGGAAGACGAACAAGACUCCCAGGGUCACCGAGCCGAAGAUGCAGUCUUCUUGGGAAACCUUCUCUCUACCUUUUCGGACUGGUCAAUGACGGGCUAUUUUUCACUUCCAGACAAUCGGCUAUUGCCCGCCAUCGCCCGUAGGGAAGUGCAGGUUCAAAUUGCCCAACUUCUAUCCGACCAGGUCACUCAAACUUCGUUAAAUCACAAGCUUGAUGGAGAUCUUGGUCUCGGUGAUUGUGGCAGUAAACUAUAUUUCUUACGCACAUCCCUUGAGGAUACUCCCUUCGUGGGAGGGAGCGAGAGGCUUGACCUGAGUAAUUAUGCUUCACUGCAAGACACCAAUAAUUUUCUUUCUCCGCCUUCUGGUGGUCUUACCCCGCGUCAAUCUUCUCAGCGCCGAGAGGCCGCGCGUGGCUCGAUAUCAAAGCUACCAUCGCCGCAUCUACGUGUCCGCCGUGGCAAAGACUAUUUGGAGGUUCUGCCGGCCGCAAUCUCCUUCUGGGAGACGUUCGGGCUGGAACCUGCCCAUGGUCCGAAAAACAUUACGGCCUAUUGCAUACACCCUCACACGGCGGCGGAUGCCGCCCAUGUUUUUCUGGAACGUCUCAGCUUGGCAUAUACGAGCUGCAAUCUUGGAACUCACAGUCGAGGGAAUGAAUCAAAUCAUUUUCAACAUGGGUUGGGCAAGUGGGUUACCACCGUGACAGGAGGGAUGGGCUACCCGAACGUGAUGAUGACCUUGAAAACCAUGUGUGAAGAAUUCGGCGCCGUUCUUACGCAAGGCGUGCCGAAAGAGGGCAAUAUAGUGCUCUACAUUGUCAAUCCGUUCACUCACGCUACGGCGUUGGCUGACAUCUGUGCCGCUUUCUGGAGUCUUUUCCAACAGUACGCUGCCGCCGCGGACACGCAGCAGACCCGACAGUUGAACGAGCUCGUGCUACAGAUCGUCCCUAGUGAUUUCAUGAUGUCUGCGGAGUCUUUGGUGGUGCCGCCGCAAACACAGUAUCUUAACUUAGCGCUGGAAGUCUAUAGCCGAUGUCACCCCAAACCCCUGUCAACGAGCCUCACGGGCUGUGCCCCUCCGGUCCUUCUCGCAGACUCCAUCCCAAGGUCCAUCAAUUUCCGACUUGCCCCAGAGAAGUCCUCGCCCUUGCAGGAUGGCCGGUGCCUUCACAUCGCAUGCUCAAGAAGCCAGGAUCAGCGCUGGCUCGGCGUGGCGUGGACUGACACUAGUGGAAACCUUCAGCGAAAUAUCUCCUAUUGUCUACGAUUCCGGAACGCGAGCGCGUACACGGCCAUGUCUGAUAUACGCAACGAGAUCUGGAAGGCGACCAGGGAAAUGCUGGACAGGGCACAAGCGCGGUGGCGGGUCAUGCUCGCAUACACGGACACGGUCGAUCAGGAGGAAAUCGACGCAUGGUCUGGUUUUAUCGACCAAUACAGCAAAUCCAACGCGGUCUCCUUGGAACUCACCAUCUUCGCCGUCAACACCACAACCGACUUAUCUCUCGAGCCCCCAGCCACGCCCAUCCCAAUGAGCAUCUUCAGCUCCCAACCCGCAUCAACGCCCGUCGCCACCCCCAACCCCAGCGGCAGCGUCCUCUCCCCAGAACAAUCCGCCAACGCACCCACCCCUCCAAGCGGCGGCGGCGCAGCCGCCAACGCCCCAACACCCACAGACGCCCAAAUCGAAGCCGAAUCCGAAUCCACACUAAUGGACAUCGGCGACGAAACCUGGGGCGUAAUCCUAUCCCACCGACUCAACAACUCGCCCCACCUAACAGAGCUCCGCCCCGUCUUAGCAAGCGGAUAUUUACUGCGCCGCCGCGGCGCCGCCGACGGUGACGGAGUGUACUCUAUGUGCGUCAAUCUCAUACACACCACGCGGCCCUCGCAGUCCUACGAGGGCAUCCUCCGAGAAUCACUAGGCAUGUACCGCGGCCUAGCUACGCUUGCCCGGGCUCGGGGCACAGUCACCGUGCAGCACAGCACGCUACCUUGGCAUGUUGCUACGGCAGUUCGAGCACAGGAAGUGCUUAGCUAUGUUCUUUGAUGUAGGGAAUAAUAUACCCAUGACAUGGCGUCGGGGGGGUUUGAUUUCUUCCAUAUUCUUAUCUUUUUUCAUCUUCUUUCUCUUUUCUUCUGGAUCUUUCUUCUAUCUUUUGACUCUUUUCUUUGUAUAUUGAAGCAUUUGGAUAUGAUAUCCCAUUUCGCAGGCGGUUUGUUUUAUUAUCAGGUUUAGGAAUAUAGAUUUGAUUUGGCUCGGGCUGCGGUCC